AGAAUAUAUAAUGAUGAAAAUAUUAUGAAUAUAUCAAGAUAGCAUAUAAACAAUGUGCACAACAAAGUUCUGCAGCGUCUGUUUUAGCCGUGUGACGACUCCAUAGCCACAACACACUCAUCCCCUCUCGCAUUCAGUUGCACACAAAGCUCGCAGCGUACCUGAUAAGGCGCCACAGCACCUGACAAUAAGAACGAUAACGUGCUAACGGAUCACUGUAAUGUUUUCCACAAGGACGGCCACAGAGAGGCACCGCCGACUCGUCCCGGGGAAGGACGCGUCUGGAGGUGACAUGUAGAUUUGGUGAACUUUGUUGCUAUCUAUCCGGCGGAGCCGUUUGCCUCCACUGUAGUUUCCAUCGACUGACGCGCGGAGAGCCUGGCGCUGGGUUCUCUGUCCAUAUAUGGUCAUCUACGUCACGCAAAUGUUCCAUCCCCCUAUUUAAUACAAGCCGCCUGGAGUCCCCUAUCCAGCUCCAAUAGAGCAAGUAGUGCUGCUCUUGUGCAACCAACACCAGCACCUCCUCCAUUGAUUCACAGACUUCAAAUUCCCCCACAACCAGCCCCUCAGCUUCCACAGUGAUCAGAUUAAUAACAACAAUAGCUCGUGAUCACACGGGAGGAGAUAACCGGCGCCGCUCGUCCUCCGCGGGAUACUUGGAUACCUACAGCCACAGGAUCCAUCCCUGCUCGUCUCCUUUUUUUGACGUCUGAUCCGCACCUGUGUUUUCCACUUUGAGACUACCCGCUGUUUUGUGUAAGUGCUUGGAUACCUGCGCGCUGUCCUUUAUAAAUGUCGGACUGAAUAUAACUGCUAUGACAGGGAAACUAGCGGACAAGCUCCCUCUUACCAUGAGCAGUUUAAUAAACGCGAUCCCUGACAGUCUCUACCCAGAAGAGGACAUCCCGACGUCUAUGAAUAUUUUCACCAGUACGGAAUCUAUUAACCACUAUUCUCAGAUGAACGCAGAUAAUAUCAUGGAUCUGGGAAUGGGAAAUGAGAAAGCGACCUCAGAGAUUCAGUAUGGAUCCAGCUUCCAGUCUAACCGCAGUGGGCAGACUGUCACCUACCUGGGGAAGUUUGCCUUUGACACCCCUCCGUCAGGUGGCAUUGGUGGCUCGGGCUGGUGCUCUGAUAACAACAUCAUCAGCCUGGUCAGUGCAGGGAUCCUGGGCGUUUCUCCUUCACCCGGGACGGUAACGACACAGACAUCAUCCUCCGCAGCCAGCAUGGGUGGACAGACGUCAGACAUGGAGCAGGUAUACGGUCCCCCGCUGCCUGCCUAUUCCACCUGUGGUGACCUGUACCAGGAGCAGGUGUCCUUUCACCACAGCCCUGCAACCAGCACGGCUCUAGCCUACCCUGGCAAUGACUAUCACUCCACAUCCAAAGCCUCCAUGGAUGGCAGCCUUUUCUCCAUGAUCCCUGACUACAACCUUUUCCAUCAUCAGGGGGAGGUUGGCGUGAUGGAGCACAAGCCCUUCCAGUCCAUGGACCCCAUCCGAGUCAACCCUCCACCCAUCACACCUCUGGAGACCAUCAGAGCGUUCAAAGACAAGCAGCAAAUUCACCCAGGUUUCAUCGGUGGGCAGCAGCACCCGCCUCAGCAUCACCAGCCGCCGCAGACUCUCACCCUCAAACCCAUCCGGCCGCGGAAGUACCCCAACCGGCCCAGCAAAACCCCCGUCCACGAACGGCCCCACGCCUGUCCGGCGGAGAACUGCGACAGGCGCUUCUCGCGCUCGGACGAGCUGACGCGUCACCUCCGCAUCCACACGGGUCACAAGCCCUUCCAGUGCAGAAUAUGCAUGCGCUCCUUCAGCAGGAGCGACCACCUGACCACGCACAUCCGCACGCACACGGGCGAGAAGCCUUUCUCCUGCGAGUUCUGUGGACGCAAGUUCGCCAGGAGCGACGAGCGGAAGAGACACGCAAAGGUUCACCUGAAACAGAAGGACAAGAAGCCGGCUGACAAGAGCAGCGGGGCGGCUGGGAGCCACAGCUCACCACCCAGCUCCUGUGGGGGGCCGGCGGUGGGAACGUCAUGACCGUCACUACGUGCUCUUGGACUGGGUGCUCAGCGUGCCCUAUAAAAAGACUUUGGAAGGAAGGGAUCACGUCCACUAUCACAUGAAUAGGUGACUCUUUUCCUCUCUUUUACAUCCCCUGCUUUUCAGUUGCAUUCCUUCUAUUUUAAGAUGGAUGCCUUUAGUUAAUUAAAAGGGGAAAGGCUGCUACGCCCUUCUCUCUUUCAAGCAACUCAGAGCCUCAGCUACUUUAACACAGCGCCAACACAAAGAAGGGCACCUUGGCCACUGUGUAUCUAAAUGUUUAGGGUGGAUACACAUUUGUAAAUUUUACAGGGAUUUUCUAAAUUGGAAGGAAGCCAAAACCUGUCACAUGGGUCAAAAAAGAUGAAAUUACUGUGGAGCAAUGUUAGUUAAAGGGUGAGUUGCCUGGGAUGUAUGCAUUAAUUUUCUUAGGCUGUUUAAAAGUGCAAUUGGUUAUACUUGUGUAUUGUCAUAAAUACCUUCUUAGUGGCACUUGACUGUCCUUUUGUUGUUUUCGUUGGAGUGUAGUGUGGUUUAUUUUCUAUUCGAAUGUCGUUUUCUCAGAAGAAUGUGCCAAACGUACCGUGGUGAUAUAGCCAACCUUGUUCUCAUUAUUGUGCCUGAUUUGACAGUGAUAUCGGCUUAGCACACACGUGGAGUUAAGGGAAAGACCGCAUUCAAACACUGUAUCUCACGUCUAGACUGACCUGCACAAUUUGGUGAAAUCUACACAACGACUGAAUGGAUCACACAAAGCAAACAUUGUCUUGUCUUGUUACGUGUAUUUAACACACUUGCCUGCAGCAAUCAAUGCCUUUGCUAAUACUUAUUUAUUUGUGGUCACUGAGAGACACUGUGUAUUCUUUUGCCUUUUUAUAUUGUGGGUUUAUUUGAUGUUACCAGAUAUUAACUUCCGUCUUUUAUUUUGAAGAGCUCAUCAAUGUUGUUAAUUCUUUCAGUUGUCUUGGGUUCUGAUAUGCAAUAUAUUCAUGACAUAUGCCACCAUCCCCAAAAUCAAAUUAACUAGGAGCACAGUUAGACAGACUAAACUAGUCAAAUGAAUAACACUGGGAUACAAAGCAGCAGACUAUGAAAGGAGAAAUGAAUAAGGAUAGACAUGAAUGAGGCCCUUUGUCUGGGUUUCACAGUGUAAAAAGGCUAAACAGCGUGGGUUAAUUCAUUAAACGAUGAGCAGCGUAUGGCAAAAGAAAAAAAUACUAAUUUUACAAGUUUACAUAUUUUCUAAUACAAAGAGACUGAGACUGAGGUGUAAAAGUUUUUGUACAGUAUACGAAUAUGUAAGCAGGUAGCUACAGUAGUAGUUUCACUUUUGUACUCAAAUGUCAAAUGCACCAUAACUCAGUAUUAAAUUGUGCAUAUAUGUGCAUGCCUUCAUGCACACUAUGUAAAUACAAAUGUCUGCAUAAACAAGAACUUUCAGUUGACUGAAUGCUUGUGCAGAUUGUGUCUUAAAGCUUCUAGUAAUGUAGUUAUAUUACAGAAUAUUUUGUUUUCACAGGUUCUUGCGGAAAAAAAUGGAGCACAGCAAUAGUGCCAAAUGUGGUGUGUUAUGUUCCAUUACAAGAGAGAAUAAUAGCAUUUGCAAAAUCUGUACGCUUUAAAGUGGUAACUGGUUUAAGGAAGCACUAAUGUGUUCUCUGAAUAAAUGACAACCUUUUUUUACGUUUUGUGUAUCUCCAUUAUAGUUGCUAUCAAUUAUUUCAACACCUUGCAUAUUGUAAAAAAGAUACGCUGGUUGUUUUUGGAGACCUCAUAAUUGGAUCUUUUCAUAAACUUAAUACAUUAAAAGGCAAUGCCUAUAUUUUUAAAAUAUGACUCCUUGUCCUGACAGAAAGAAAAACCUUGUUUGUCAAACAAUGCAACAUUUCCUUUUUGGCUUACUGCUGCCAUUUGCCAUCUACUGGAUCAUCUGUGUCAUAAUGAUACAUACAACUAACUCUGAUGGAACAUGAAUGAACCUAGAAAGUUUUAGCCUUUUUUUAUCCCUUGUGGUGCAAAUAGCAAAGAAGUUAUUAGUAUGAGAUCCUAUUAUACAUUAGACAUUUUUAUUAAAUACAACAAAUUUUUUGGCAUUUCUGUUAAAGCUGCAAGUAUCUGAGUGUCAAAUUCUGUCAAAGGAAGCAUGAAACAAAAAUGACUUAAGAUGAUUUCAUACCGACCUUACUAAAAUACUGUGAAUGAAGUAUUUGCAGAAUAAUAGCCGUGACAGUCAGGUGUAACAAAUUCAGACGCUUCUGGAAUUGUUGAACUUUAGUGAACGAACAGUAGAUGAACCUACUUUGGUAUUUCCUCCCUCUAGUUUUGCAGACAAUAUUUUGUAGUGUUAGCUGCGCUAUGCGACUAUUAAGGAGUGUAUGCUGUCUGAGAGGCAAGGAUUUAACAAAAGCAUUGCUGGGAAAACAAAUAUUGUACCAGUCAGUACAUGCAGCAAUCAGACUUAAAGAGAAUAUUGACUGACAAAUGCAAAGGCCAAAAGAAAGGUUCAGAAAAGCUGCGCCACAGAGAACACAGUGCAUACAGAAAUGAGCUUCCAAGGCCAUGCUUUCCCUUUUCUGCAACAAUCAGUUCUGACUGCCGAGCUUCCUGGCAAGUAUCCACUUAUUUUCCACUUAAUUUGGCCUCAGAGAGUCGUUUCUCAACUCAUCUACAUGUUUAAAUGAGCAGACCUCCUUGCACUUUCUCAGAUAGUUUAAAAGUUCACACGCCCUGUAACAUCUAACUAUAAAUCAAUAGUUUUGUAUUAAAAAAAUAUAUUAUUUUAUUGCAUGGAUGGCCAUUGACAAAUAAACUUUUUUGAGCUUAGUCCAAUAAAAUGAAAUGAACUAAAAUGAAAAACAACAUAAACUGCCAGGAGUAAUGGCCUCUAAUGUAAACAUCCGGUAACAAACAACAAGCAUCAUGGAGUCAGAAAGACAAAAUGUUUAUCUUCAAUGUUUAUCUAGAAUAAUUUGAUGUUAGACACUGAUGAUUAUAGACGCUAGAUCGUUUUGAAUUUAUUUGACCAAAAAUUAUGCUCUGUGCUCUUGAUUUGACACUUUGCUGGUGAGAAUGGAUGUUUUUAAUUAUAGUAUAUAUAAUGUGGCCUCCUCUAAGAGAAAACUGUGUUUAUGUUGCUUUGUGUUAAGGAAUGAUGCGGAAGGCGGAGACUAUACCAAACUAUUUCCACGUCUAAAUGAAGCCAUGUAAUUACAACACUGCAAACUCAAUAUUUCGCCAUUCAUAUCAUCUUACUGUGUCUGUCACUUUUGUUUGGUGACAUUUUUGUGAUGAUCAUGUUUUAUAAAAUUUAUACAAACCCAUCUUUCCCACUCCUUUAAUAUAGUUUGGUGGCUGAACAACAGUAAAAUCUGCACCAUGUUCUUCUGAACAAUAAUCCUUCUAUGUAAUGUGUGAAUGCCAUGUAUGCCAGUGACUUGUUAAACACACUCACAAAUAACCUCCUCCUAAUAAUGCUUCACCAAGAAAAGUGUUUUGUGUUUCAUGUUUUGCUGUCCAAAAGUGGGCAAACGCUCUGAACUAGGAAUAAGCCUCGUCCUCUAUGCUCCGUGUUGGAUCUCAGCCAACAUCAGCAGCCAUCUUUGCGCCAAACUGGGUUGCAGGGUUGGCUGAUCAAAAACAAAAGUGAUGAGAACUCCAUGGGAGCAACAAAUCAUAAAUGUGACCUCGGUCUGCUUGCAGCUGAAGGCAGCCUUGUGCUAAUGUUUGUGUUUAACUGUUUGAUUUAUUCUAUGUGAAUUUGGCCUUUGGUAAGGCAAUGGGCUUGAACUUAUUAAUGACAAUAAUUAAAUGGAUAGAUAAUAACUCACGUUUAAAGAGAUUUCAAUAACGUGUAGAUACAUCCAUUAUUUUAUGGACUGCAGGGUGGCUUCAGGGAUUUUGUGGUCUUUAACAGUGACACUAUGGUGUUCCGAUGGAGUCGAUACUCAUUGUUUUCUGUUGUGUUGUGUUUCCUUUUCAUUACAGUAUAUCCUCAUGUUUGCAUGUGCACGGAAACGUUCCAGAGCGCUGCCCUCACGUGCUGUGGGUGGUGCUUAUUUCUUUAUUAUGCAUGAAAAUAAAAGUCACAUCGGGUGAAAUGGGAUAAAACUAUCAACAAAUCAAGAAAAACCAUUGGAAUCACACACUGGGAUAACUGUUCUGUUGGCUUUUUUUCUUUUAAGAAAACAAGGGGUCUUGUUUAAAAUGUUGUGGAUGUCUUUAGCCUAUUUCAUGUUUAUUACCUUAUAAUAAGGUCCUUUUAUGAUGAGCUGAAUAUUGAAAUGAAUUUUACUAUAUCCUUGUGAUGGGGAGAUGUGCUCCCCUGUUUACUUGGCACUUGUUGUAAUGCAAUUGUUUUGUUAUUUCUAUGUAAGUACUUGAAUAAAGAAAAAUAUCACUUGCCUUGA